UGGCCAGGUUUGGUACCCUUUGCCCUCUGUUGGCGCGGGAGUUAAAACUACUCAAAUCUUUCCACUUCUGAGUAUCUUUCCAAUAUACCUAACAUAAAAAUAAUCAAUUUCGAGUAUGACAACCGCGGCUAGCUACAGUAUCACUACUUGACCUGAAGGGAUCGUAAACGUGACUGUUUGUCGUCAUGGAAAAUGGCAGAUCUGAAUUUCCAUUUCCUUACCAGCCGUACACUAUCCAGGAAGAUUUCAUGAGAUCCUUGUAUAAUGUACUGGACCAAGGCAAAAUUGGUAUCUUUGAGAGCCCCACUGGGACGGGUAAAUCUCUGAGUCUGAUAUGCGGAGCGCUGACCUGGCUAACAGACUUUGAGACUAAAAGAAAACAAGAGGCGGCCGCCUUGCUGCAAAAGGGUGAGACGUCACUUUCUUCACCCAUUACUGAGGCUUCUGGCCAGAGUUCAUCUGCAGAACCUGACUGGAUCACCAGUUUUGUGCAAAAAAAGGCUGAACGAGAUUUGGUGUCAAAGUUGAAGGAGGAUGAAAAUAAACGAAAGAAGCGAGAGGAGCGCUUGGAACUGAUUCGGAACAACGUUCAACUCAAGUAUGCAAUGAAAAGAAAGAACCCUGAGGAGGAUGAAGCAUUCAAGUUGCUCCAACUCUGUAAAGAGGAUCAAACUGAUGGGACGGCAAAUCAAGAUGACGAGGAUCUCAUUAUCGCUGAGUAUGAAAGCGAUGACGAGUCAAGGCCAAAAAACAGGUUCUGCAUAGCUGAAGAGGAAGAGGAUGAUGAACUAGUCGAAGAGCAUGUCACAAAGAUUUACUACUGCAGUCGCACACACUCACAGCUUACUCAGUUCGUUCACGAGGUCCAGAAGAGCCCGUUCAGCAAAGACAUCAGUCUGGUCACACUGGGUUCACGGCAGAAUCUUUGUGUAAAUGAGGAGGUCCGACAUCUGGGCAGCCUUCAGCGCAUCAACGACCGCUGCAUGGAGAUGCAGAAAAACAAACAAGACAAGCCGCAUCACGAAGAAGGCUCGAAAAGAAAGCGAGGCCCGGCGAAGAGCGUCUGUCCCUACAGCAAGGCUUCAGUACUGCAGCAGAUGAGGGACGAACUCCUGGGCAGCAUCCAUGACAUCGAGCAACUGGUGAAGCUGGGCAAGGAAAGGAAUUCGUGUCCUUACUAUGCUACACGCCUCGCUGUCCCGCAAGUGCAAUUGGUGGUGUUGCCUUAUCAGAUGGUGCUGCAUGAAGCCACAAGGCGGGCGGCAGGGAUUCAGCUGAAGAACCAGGUGGUGAUCAUAGAUGAAGCGCACAACCUUAGCGACACGCUCUCCUGCAUACACAGUGUUGAACUCGACGGUGCUCAGCUUUGCCGGGCCCAUUCACAACUAAGCCAGUAUGCUGAACGGUUCAGGAGCCGACUGAAAGCGAAGAAUGUGAUGUACAUAAAACAAGUUCUCUUUGUGAUUGAGGGGCUUGUGCGAGUGCUGGGAGGCAGGGUGGGCCAGAAUCCGCAGAGCCAAGCCACACAAGCAGCAACAGAGAUGCACACCAUCAACAACUUUCUCUUCAAAGCUCAAAUUGACAACAUCAACCUGUUUAAGCUGCACAGAUACUUUGAGAAGAGCAUGAUCAGUAGAAAACUGGGUGGUUUUGUGGAGAAGUAUGUGGGUUCAGGCGUGACUCCACACACUCCCAUUAACACAAACAAGGAGAACCGGCGCACGGAGGGUUUGAACCGCUACCUUCAGCACUUGCAAGGCAACCAGAGCACGGCACCAGCUCCUCUACACGGCCAACAGGGGCCCUCAGAAGCAGAAAACACACUAAGUGCAUCUCCUAUGAUGCAAAUUGAAGGCUUCUUCAUGGCUCUCACCAACAGCAAUACUGACGGAAGGGUGGUCAUACACAGACAAGGAAAUCUAUCAGAGAGCAGCGUCAAGUUCCUUCUGUUGAACCCGGCCGUUCAUUUCGCUCAGGUGUUGAAGGAGAGCAGGGCUGUUAUCAUUGCUGGAGGAACCAUGCAGCCAGUAUCAGACUUCAAACAGGAGCUGCUGUUUUCCGCAGGCGUGCAGGAAGAUCGCAUUGCUGAGUUUUCCUGCGGCCAUGUCAUUCCACCAGAGAACAUCCUCCCUAUUGUCCUGUGUAGCGGUCCAUCCGGUCAGGAGCUGGAAUUCACAUACCAAAACAGAGACUCUCCUCGCAUGAUGGAUGAGACGGGCCGCAUCCUCUCCAAUAUCUGCAACGUGGUGCCAGGCGGCAUGGUGUGCUUCUUCCCCUCGUACGAGUAUUUGAGGCGCAUCGUGGUACAUUGGGAGUCUGGUGGCAUUCUGACACGUCUUGCCACCAAGAAAAAGAUAUUCCAGGAGCCCAAAAAGGCCAACCAUGUGGAGCAAGUUCUUGGCGAGUUCUCCCGUUGCAUUCAGAAGUGCAGUCAGCAAGACGGUGGGACCCUAACGGGGGCAUUGCUGUUCUCCGUAGUGGGUGGAAAGAUGAGCGAGGGUAUCAAUUUCUCUGAUGACCUGGGCAGGUGUGUGGUGAUGGUAGGAAUGCCUUAUCCCAACAUCAAAUCACCAGAACUUCAGGAAAAGAUGUCCUAUCUGGACAAACACAUGACUCACAGUGGAGGGAAGAGCCCUGGUCAAGCACUGAUAGAAAACCUCUGCAUGAAGGCUGUCAAUCAGUCAAUAGGCAGAGCUAUCCGUCACCGUGGCGACUACUCCUCCAUCGUUCUGUGUGAUCGACGUUACUCCCGUGCCGCCACCCUUGGCAAACUUCCUGCGUGGAUCCAGAGUCGCACCAGUACUCACAAAAACUUCGGCUCAGCGUUCGCUGCGUUGCGGAAGUUCUUUGUGGAGAAGAAGCAAAAACUAGGGGGUUAACCCCUAACGGAUCCAAUGUGCUGUCAUUUUUAAAGUGUUGCGUGUUUUUCACAGCCAGAAAUUCCAGCAGCGCUUUCAAUGUUGAGUUGAUAAUGUCACUGUGGUGCUAAUUUUUUGCAAGUGACGAUAAUUGGCUGCCAUUGACUGCUGUCGAUUGAUCGCUGCCACCCUCCCAAAUGGGAUCAGAAGACUAUCGACGUCAUUGGCAGUAAAACAUUGCCUGUGGUCAUCAAUGGGGACACACUUAUUCAAUCCUGUUAUGUCAGUUCUCUAUUUUUACUUCCACCACUCUAAAAGCUUUAACGUGUUUUCCAAUUGAGUUGCACAGGUUAUAGGUCACAUUAGUGGUGGAAAAAGUUUUUCAAUUAUUUAUCUUGGUCUCAUUUUCUGAUACCACAAGCUAGUUUCUGAAUGGGGUGUGUAGUUUUCGCAUCCACUGAGUCUGCAACAUUGUUGGAACGUUUCUAAAUGCUGCGUGUCCAGCUGAAUUAUUCAAGCAGCUACAAUGCUGCAUGGCUUUCAUUUGCCACAUUAAAUAUUUACACGCAUCGUUAUGUAAUGCAAACAUUGGUUUAUUGAAGAGAAAAACAUGCAAGAAAAAUGCGUCUUGAACAAGCAUUGUAACUCCUGGUGAAAUUCAUGAACUUUUUACAUUACAUACAGCAUUUUACAAUCAAAUUCUAAGUAAUACUUCCGGUUUGGUACAAUCUAGUCAUAAAGACAUAUCAAAUGCUUCAUUCAUUUAUAAUAUAUAUCAACAGAAUUCAGAACAGAAAUCAAAUUCUUGGAAUUUUUUGGAAACCUUUCAUGGCAUUAACACAUCAAUUUUUUUUCGAGUUAUUGAAUUUAACCUUUGAAAACCCAAUUUUGGCGCAUAGUAAAGACUGUAAAUUAAAAAAAAGUGUUCUCCAGGGUUAAAUUCAGUGGGGUGAAGGUCCUGAUGGAUUUCAUGGAAGUACAUUUAAUAUCGCUGCUAUUCCUGCUUUAAUGUUUUUUGUUCUUCAUCGAAAACAUUGAAUGUUCAAUAAAAUAUUUAAAAAUGAAUAGCUCUGAGGUUCUUACAAAUCAGUGUUAAACUGUCAUCCUUUUGUAUUGUUUUUGCUUAUGACAAAUCAAAACUCAAU